AUGGGUUUGUUCAACAAGCUACGUCAACGAUUCUCAUCAAAAAAGCGACAGGAUGUGCGGGAGGAAAGUGCUUCUUCCUUGCUAUCCCGUACGUCUACAAUUCAGAGCCGAACGCAGGAUCUGGUCUGCCAGCGGACGUUGUCGCCAUUCAUAGGCUCAGGCGAGAUCGGCGCCUCACCAGCACGGCCGUCAGCCGUUGCUGCUAACUGGGGAUGCGUCGAGUACGAGAACGGCUCGGAAUACCUCGGUUGGACGCUAGAGGGCAGACGUGACGGCCCGGGGAAGAUCCAUAAUGGCGAUUUGGUGUACGAUGGCCAGUGGCAGUGCGACCUGCCUCACGGCAGCGGCCUUUUUGCCAACGGCGACGAAACCAUCUACGAGGGUAACUGGGAGCACGGGCUGCCUCACGGCCACGGCGUGGCGCUGUUUCCCGACGGUUUCACCUACGUGGGAGAGUGGCGUGACGGCGUGCCUUGCGGCGAGGGAAAGCUGGUUGCGGAUGAAGGGCGUGUCUACUCCGGCACCUUUUCCAACGGUCUUCCGAACGGUGACGGUGUUUUGGUGACCUACAACGGCGUGCGCAUUAUGUGCCACUUCGUCGACGGCGUACCGUUCGGAGUGGGAGAGAUAGAAUGGCCUAACGGUAUGCGUUACGUGGGUACCAUAAUUGAGGGUCUCCCGCACGGCCUGGGUCGUCUGACAGACGAGACUUCGGUGAUGCUGGGUCUGUGGAAGUGUGGCGUGCUCGAAACGCGCCUGAAGGCGCACGAAGCGCUCCCUGACGCUCUGAGAGACGAUCCUGCUGUGAGUUACUUGGCUGCGCACUAG